AUGGUCCGCGGCGCACAAUACGACAACGGUAUUCCCCAGAGCGAUAACCCUAUCGGGAACGGUCCCAGCAAGGCCCACGGAGUCGGCGACGAGCCCGCAGACAUGACCCAUCCCCACAAGAUCCACCCAAUGCCAGAGGAGACUGGCUCCGGCCGCAAGGUUCACCCUGGCUUGCCUACCGAGGGUGAGCCUCACCUUCAGGGUGGUACUGCGAAACCUAUUACCCUCGAUGAGAAGAACACUGCUGGCAAACAUUGA